AAUGAACACGGUGCGGUGGCAAAUUUUCGAAGCAUCGACGAGUAGAGGGCUUUAUUCCCUGGCUAACUUAAAAAGCCGGUUCGGGAUUUUUCAAUUUUGACUGGUAAGGGGGGGAAAGCAGUUCUCGCGACCCCACCCACACAUUCUCUUCACUUCCCCUUUGGCUUUAUGAUCUUCUCGGUUUCGCUUCAUCUUGCUUUCUCCCUCGUUUCUCCACCACCCUCUUCUCCAUCCAGUUUUCCAACUUCCUUCUGAAGACGAAGUAUAGGAGAGCAACGCUUGAACGGGUACGCACAUGCGGCGUGGAGCGGCACAACUUCGAUUUUGGUUGCCUGCCAGAGAGUUGGGUUUUCCGCUGCGGAAGGAGAUUUUGUUCUGGAUUUAAACUCUAGCCGCUCGUCUCUAAUCAGACUGUGGAAAAAAGUGAAUUUGUUUAUCCUCCCACCAUCAGGAUUGUGUAGCCAUACGCAAUGCACCCCCUUUACGGUGAACAUCAUGGCUACUAUCGUUACGACGGCUACCCAGGCAUGGGGAUGAGCCCCGCCGCAGGUAACGGAGUGAUGGCGCCCUACGCGGCAGGGCAGCAGCAAGCAGUGGAGAGGUACGGAGCCACCGCCGUAGUCAGACCUUCCCCAUACGCCGCCGCCCCUUACGCCCCGGCCGUCCACCAGACUACUACACAACCCUCCAAGGAUAUGGUGAAGCCACCUUAUUCUUAUAUAGCUUUAAUCACCAUGGCUAUACAAAAUUCACCCGAAAAGAAAAUAACUCUAAAUGGCAUAUAUCAAUUCAUUAUCGAUCGUUUCCCGUUUUAUCGGGAAAACAAGCAAGGAUGGCAAAACUCCAUCCGUCACAAUCUUAGCCUCAAUGACUGCUUUGUGAAAGUGCCACGUGAUGAUAAAAAACCAGGAAAAGGCAGCUACUGGACUCUGGAUCCGGAUAGUGUGAAUAUGUUUGACAAUGGUAGUUAUUUGCGUAGGCGGAGGCGAUUCAAAAAGAAAGAUUCUAUAAGAGAUAAAGAUGAGAAUCCCUUGAAAAAACAACAGAGCACGUCGAAGCGGGAUGAGCUGAGUAAAGAAGGUGCUCUAGCGGAACCCACCGCUGGUAAUCUUGCAAUGAAAACAAACUCCAACGCCUCUAAUAACAACAUUGUGGAUGGAAUAUCCACUGCUUCGACUCGCAACGACCGCCAUUCCACCUCUCCACCACGCACAGGCAGCCAUCAUUUACCUUGCACCUUGACUCCUAAGGUGGAGCCUAUGGACGAUGAAUUGAUGGACCAUAGACACAACAAUCCACUUUUCAAUCCUUCCUGUAUGCAAAGAUUGGUUUUAUCAGGUGAUUGUAAAUACGAUAGAUUGAAAGCAAGUCCAUCCAUGCAAAAUAACAUGAGUCCAGCUACUUCAUCGUCGUAUGUUGACUCUUCUGUAGUCGAUGGUGCAUCCAUAUCGAGCUUUUCCGUGGAUUUGUUAGUUAGAGAUCCAAGAGCUCAAUCUCCAGUUUCUCAUAUGUCAGAUUCAAUUAUAAAUAGUUUAUCAUCACGAUCUGGCAUUAACUCAACUCAUCGAUCCUGCUCUAGCACUAAUGGACUUAACACUUUAUCAUAUGGCUCACGCACUAAUUUUCCUUGUUCAGCUCUUACCUUACCCCCCUGUUCUGCAUCUCCAACAGCACCAAAUGUUGGUUACAAUUGCUCUGUAUCUCCCACUUGUGGUUAUGAAAGGGACAAUGGUAGAAGUAGUGUAGUAUCAAGGCCAGGAACUCGUGCUGGAUCUAGUAAUAGCAGCAGUAGUGGACUAAAUGUAGGCAUGACUUCUUCUAUGGAAGAUACAGCACCAUAUAAUAUACCUAGCGGCCAUGGUGGUUUGAGCAUGCCUGGCUCUCCUCAGCAUUUACCAUACAUGAACAGAAAUGUUGCUUCUUCGUCCAGUACAACUGCAUCAGGUUGGAAUUAUCCAAUUCAAAAUAAUUCAUCAGAUUGCUCGUUAUACACAGAUUCAAAUGGAAACUUUGUUGUGAGAGAUAUCUUUGAUGGGCAACGUCUUGUGCCAUCAUCUUCUUCUACUGUGACAAAUCCCAGCUGCCAAAUGAACUUUGGCGUCGGAACUUCAUCUGGUUAUAACCAUCGGACAGCUUCAACUGUAUAUGGUUAUGACUAUUCUCGAUUUUGAAUUGAACUUCAAAUCAAUUCACAGGAAUUGAGAAGUUGAAGAUGCUUCUUUCUCCGGUAAGAAAA